UGAGGCUGAAGAGGGUGGCCGAGGUCGAAGAAGCUGUGGCUCGGCACGGAACCCAGACGUCUGAGCUGCAGCGUCUGGGGCCUCAGACCUUUCUGGGAGAUGAACUGGGUCGGGGGAUCCCGUACCAGGGUUCUGAUCAAGCAGGAAAAGAGAAAGCAAAAGGAAUAUUUUGAAAAGAAAAGGCUAAAAUCAAAGAUGAAAUUACUAGGGGUUUUAUCCCCUGUCAAAAAUUCCACUGUCAGUUUAGACCUCCUUAACUUAUAUAUGGUAAAUCACAUAUCUUGCCAGAAGAAAACACCUGAAACUGUGAGAAAACCAAUCCAUGUGAAUAUGCAUAGAGAUAUAAAAAUGCCCAUAAGAAAGCAUGAUUUAGAACUUCCAAUGUCACCUCACUGUGUACCAUCUAAGCUCUGCAUUGAUGAUCUAGAAAACAAACUAGGCAACAAGAAAGAACUUGCCCCAGUAGAACUUGCCCCAGUUCAGUUGUCACAAGUCAUGGACUCACAAAGUAUGCUCGAACCUCAGUUCAACAGAACAGAAAAUUGCAGUUUCACUCCAUCAUCCUUUGCAGCAGAAUUAUCUUCUAACAGAAAUCUUACAAACCAAAAUUUCAUUCCCAGAACAUCACCUAGUCUUCAGAAAGUUGCCUAUGAAGAAAAGCAGAAUGAGAAGCUCAGUAAAGUAAAUUAUUCUAAUACUUUGGUUUCCAAAUUAAAUGAAAGUCAAGAUGUUCUCAGUCCAUCAUAUAAAACAGCACAAUUUGGGUCAUUAUUUGACAGAUUAAACAGUCCAAGAAAUAUGAAUUUCCUUGCUGGAAGACCUGUUAGAGUUAUGGAUGAAGAUUGUGGAAGCAUGGAUGAGCAAAGACAGUCAUAUUUUAUUACUGAAAAACAAUCAGUACAACAUAUUUGGAGAGAAAAUAGAAGCGAGUUUUCAAAUUUUCUUGAAGAUGUGAACCAGCCAACAGCCAGCCUUAUAUCAGAGAAUUGUAACUCUUUUAUUAAUGAAAAUAUGAUCAAUUUAUUAAACAUAGAUCAACAGAGGAUAAAGAAAGCCUUUGACAAGUGUGGUUAUGACAAUAUGGGAGAUAAUUGCACAAACAAAAGUUCUGAUAAAAAUUAUUCAACUGAUAGAUGCAUUAGAAGUAUUUUUACAGAUCCAGCGUUGACUUUUAAUAAUUCUUUCAAUGAAACAAAUUAUCCAGAAAGGUGUCAGCCAAAUGAGAAAUAUCAGAAAGAGUACAAUAAAAAUGAAAGAAAUACUUUUACUACAUCUUUUGAGAAGGAUUCUUAUAUAGCCAGCUCUGAAAACAAAGGAAAAUUUGAAAGUGAUUAUCAAGAGAAGAAACCACAGAAUGAAAUCCAGAAACAUCCAGUGAAUCAUAUGGGUAAUAUCUCUUUGGAAGAAUUGCAUCCUAAGCCAUCGUGGGACUUGGCAUUUGGUGAGAUUCUGACGGAAGAAGGAGGAACCUGUUCUUUAAAAGACAGGCCAACACCUACUAAGAAAAUCUAUCUUGAUUCUUCACAGAGUAGUCAGUCUACCAGUUGUUCUCCAAGGCCAACAGAUAGUUGCUUCAGUUCUAGUUCAGAGAUGCCAUCUGAAGAUGAAGAUCAAAUAUUGCAGCAUGUUGAAGAAUCAAGUAGGAGAUCCAUCAGAAUCAAAGACACAACUAGCAAUUUUUAUCUAGAAAGGAUGCCAAGACUAUCAUAUGAUAGGAUUAUUAAAAACAGUGCCAAAAUUUAUGAACAAAAUGAGAAGCUUCACCACCUCUCAAUGAAAAAUAAUACAGAUCAAUUUCCAGAGUCUCAGUGUAAUUCAGCACACAAUUCGCAGAAUAAAACCAAUAAUAACUGCAUUCUGCAGGUUGCAAGAUGUGAUGCAUGGGUACAAACAAACAGUGAACCUAUAAUAGAAGAAAAAUUAGAUGUUGCCAUACAGUGUGAUUUAAUUUCAGAAUGUAAAUGUAGAAGCAAUGUGUCUUCUCUUUGUAAUGUUGAAAGAUGCAGUGAAAAUAUUAAGGCAGAUACCACUGGAGGGCAGGAAAUCCUUAAGAACAACUAAUAAUCUAAAAUCUCACCCUGAGAGUUAGCAUUUUGCUUAAUGUUCAGAAUUUCAUUAAUAUAAUAGGGAAUGAGAAUAUGUAGCUAGGCAGAAGGUAAAAGUAUUUAUAGGAUGUAUUAAUGGCUUGUUUUAAAACAUUUUAAUAGUAAUGUAUACAUUAAUUUUAUGUAGAUAUUUCUUUAAACAUAUAUGUAGCUAUAUCUUCAAGAUAUACAUAUCUUCAGUUUUUGAAAAAAUGUGUAUGUAAAUUUACUGUCUAUAAUUCUCAUGGUAAUUAUUAUAUACUGCUAUUUAUGGAUAAAGUAUGUUUAAUUGCCUCCUAUUAUGUUUUCUUUAUUUUAAAAUUUAGUGCAGUUGCAUCUGUUAGCAAAAAUCUCUUCUAAGAUUUUAAGACUGAAAAAUAAUGCUAAAUAAUUACAUAUGUUUUAUAAUCUCAAGAGUUUUAUAUUACAAAUUUGUGUGUCAUCCUUGUGUAGGGGCUGUGCUAAUUUUCUCUGUAUUGUUCUGAUUUUAGUAUAUAUGCUACCAAAGCAAGCACUGUUAGCUACUUAUACUAUUAUACCCUUAUUAAAAAUUCUGACAUUAAUUUUUAGAUGAAAUAUAUUUUCUAGCUACUGAUAUUAAAUUAUACCCUAAUUUAAAAAUUCUGGCAUUAAUUUUUAGAUAAAAUAUUUUUGUUUGGAUAACAGUUUUCGGUGCUUGUAUUAAUCCAAAGGUGCUUGUAUUAAUGUUUUUCUUUUCAAGAUAAAAAAUAUGUCAUUGCUUUUAUAAAAGAAGUGUUCAACAUUAGAAGAAAUGAUUUAUGUUUACUAAUUUUAAUAUUGCUAAGGUUCUUUUCAAAAUAUUAUAUCAGAAUUUCUCAUAUAUAAAGUAUAGUCAUGUUUCCAACAUAACAUUUAUUUUUUGUGUCAAGAUUUUACAUGUCUGUACUCUGAAAUCAACCAUUUUAUACAGCACAGGACAUUAUGAUAUGUAACUGAACCAAAAAUAAAAUAGGAGUUUCUGUGGCUUUAAAGAAAAGGAUGAUGAGAUAUUCCAUUGUUACAUGUGCACAUAUCAAAUCAGUAUUUUGUGCUGAAGGGGUGAUCUAAAGUAUAAUGAUUUAGAAACACCAAUGGCUGAUAUAGCAAUAUUCAGUUUUCAGCUAGUUUUAAAAAGUUAUUUUUCCAGGCUCAGGAAGCUCAAAGAGCUCCUGAGUAAUUUUCUUAAGGUAUAGUAAUCAUCUUAUGAAAGGGGAAUAUAAUUAUCUGAUACACAUUGAUAGUAUUUCAAAAGGCCAGAUUUUCAUUGUUAUAUUAACAAAAGUACUCCAUCAUGGAUUGGUUAUUCUGAGCAUUAUUCUGCAAAAUAUGACAUGGCAAUGAAGACCAAUAUAGAAAAAGA